ACAAAGCCUGCCACAGCCGCCGCUUCCUCUGACCGACCCCCCCGCCCCGCCCGGACAUGUUUGUGCGGCCGCCACAGUUACAGGAGUUGGGGCGGGGGGGAGUGGAAUGGAUACGGGAGUGGGGGGGGGGGGAAAUAGGAGGAGGGGAAGGGGCUUCUUGCUGCCCACCCAAUCCGCUUUCCGGUGACUCGAAAAAAUAAGGACCGGCGAGCCCGGCGCGCCAUUGCCAGCAGCAGCAGCAGCAGCAGCCCGCGUGAGGGGCUCCAGCUCGUUCCCCCAAGGAGGGUCGGCGCGGCCAUCCCCACGUGGGGCCAGUUGGGGGCUGGAAGGGCGUGUGAGGGGUGGGGGGAGAGUCCCUCUCGCCUGUAGCGCCGGAGCAGGGAGGCUGGACAGCGGGGACGAGUGGGCAGUCCUUCAGCCGCCCCGCUUCGACGGUGCGCCAAGCCUUCGGUGGCUGGGGAGGGCACGCGAGCGCGUUGCCUGGAUUGGCGAGGGCAGGUCCCCCUCUCCUCACCCGCCCCCCCCUCCAGCGUCUGACGGGGCUGUGCCCCGCUUUGGGGGUGGUUUUCUGUAUCGUUUUUGGAAGAAACCGCCUCCCUGCCCGCCUCUGCCCUUCCCUCUGCUGCCGGGCUGGGUCUGGCCGCGGCGAUGGGGGCCACUCUUUCUCCCGGGCUGGCAGCUAGGCGCGCUCAACCCUUUGUCCGAAACGGCGCGGCGAAACAGCGCCGGCGGCUGGACCGAGGCUGAGGACAGACAGACAGACAGACAGACAGACAGACAGGCGCGCGGGCGGAGGGAGAGCUUCGUGUCUGCGCCCCGGCCAGAAGUGGCCGCGCGGCGGCGGCGGCGGCGGCGGCACCAGCAACAAUCUCCCGCACGAAAACACUUCCUGACCAGCCACCGCCCCUAACAGUCCUGCCAUGCGGGGACCAUGCAGCCAGCUGGAAUCAGCUGCCCUUCCUCCCACUGCUGGACAGAAACUGGGGCUCAAGGUAGCCUUCAGCCUUUGUUGCAUCUCUUAUUGCUUUGAGCGGCUGGAUUUCCCAAACUGAAAGAGAGAGGGAGAAACGUACUGAGCAGCACUGGUAACACCAUUAUUCACCAACAGCAGGUCCAACUUCCAGCCUGAUGUUGAUCUUCCCAACUUGAUGUAGCAUACAUUAUGGUUCAUGUUAACUUGAUUAAAAAAUGGAUGUAUGUCCUCCUUGCAUUUCUUGUAGUUCUGUCUAUUUGUCUGUGGAAGGAAACACGAAAAGGUUAUUAUGUUUCUUUAAAAGUAGAAAGCCCAGUUGAGCAAUUAUACAUAGCACUGUGGAAAUGGGGCAUUCCAAAACAACGAAAUGUCCCUCAUAAAGCUGUCAAUGAUUCUAGCACAAUCAAAAUUAAAGAAAAUACUUCUGUACCACAAACAAGAAGUAACUUAGUAGCAAACUCCCAAAAGCCAGAAGGCUCCAUAAAAGUGUGGAACAAGAACAGCUCAUCGAAAAAUCUCACCCCUAGACUUCAAAAGGUGAGGGACAACUACCUGGCUAUGAACAAAUAUCACGUGAAGUACACUGGAUUAAAAAAUGCUGCUAAACUCAGCCCUGAGAAAGUGUUGUGCCAGCUCCGGGAACGAUUGGAUUUUCAGAUGAUACAGGCCUCAGAUGCUCCUUUCAAUACAUCAGAAUGGGAAACCUAUUUGCCAAGGAAAAACAUCAGCAUGGAACUUGGCCAGCUGGGCCAAUGUGCAGUUGUGUCCUCAGCAGGAUCCAUGAAGUCUUCCCGUUUGGGAACAGCAAUAGACAGCCACAAUGCAGUGUUGCGUUUUAAUGGGGCGCCUACGAAAGGGUUUCAGGCUGAUGUAGGGGGAAAAACGACAGUACGUCUAAUCAAUUCCCAGCUUCUUACUGUUGAUGAACAAAGGGUUAUAACAGACCCACAAUAUAACACUGGAAUCUUAAUUGUGUGGGAUCCAGCACCCUACCAUGCAGAUAUCCAUGAGUGGUACAGAAAACCAGAUUACAGUUUCUUUAACAGCUACAAAAAAUAUCGAGACACACACCCUGAGCAACCCUUUUAUAUCCUGAAUCCCUAUUUGCAGUGGCAGCUUUGGGAUAUCCUUCAAGAAAACUCGCCAGAGGAUAUCCAGCCAAAUCCACCCUCUUCAGGAAUGCUUGGCAUUGUUAUCAUGAUGCAUUUGUGUGACAAAGUGGAUGUUUACGAGUUCAUUCCUUCCAAAAGGCAAACAGACAUUUGUCAUUAUUUCCAGAGGUUCUUUGACCAAGCCUGCACCAUGGGGGCCUACCACCCACUGCUCUUUGAGAAGAAUAUGGUGAAGCACCUUAAUCAAGGCACAGAUGAAGACAUUUAUACUUAUGGAAAAGUGACUCUAAGUGGCUUGAGGAAUGUACAGUGUUAGGAGAUCAAAUCCCUCAGAUCCUAGGCUCAGAAGAUCUUGAAUUGCAAGGCACUUUGUAAACACUCCUUUAGAGUGGAUUGCUAAUAGUGAUCUAUUCUUUCAUUUGGUGAGUCUUAAAUUUGGGAUCCAUGGCUACAGAGUAAAGUGCUCUUUAUUAGAAUCAUAUUCCAUCUCCCACAGUCCCUACAGACAGGCGAUGCAGUAUCUGAAAGGUUCCAACUAUAGAUCACAGAAUGUAGCCUUGGUCUGGUCCUCCAAAACCCACAGAAUUUGAAAUUAUUUUGAAAAUCAGCAUAUUUCUAGCCCUUAUGACUGCAUAGAAAACAAGAAAAUGGCUGAGCAGUUGAAUUUUAAAAAAUAGACACAACCUAACUUUACUGAAGAUCUUGAUUUUCAGGGACUGCUUUGUAUUUCAUUCUUCCAUCUCAGUAUACUCUAACCUUUAAGUCUGGACCUAACUACCUGCUACAUUUUCCCCAGGGACCUACCUAGAUUGGUUCAAGAACAAUGUUCUGAAGAUCUGAACUUCCUUGGUGUCCACUGGCUCAGUUUGGAUUUGAACAGCAGCACACAGGACCACCCCUCCACUACAGAACUACUAUUUGUCUUGCUGGGAAAAUGUAACAUAUGGCCUAUCAGUACACAUGAAGCCUCAUCAGGUCAAAUGGUGGCCUGGGAAGCACAGAGCUCCAGAAAGUCUCUCAAGCUGAGCCAGGGACAUUUCCAGGAAAUAAGUAACAUACAGCAGCAUCUAUGUUUGGGAUGGUGAACAUUUCACAAUUCUGCAAGUGCACCAUGUAAUGCAAAAUUUGGUAUUGGCCAGAAAAUGCUGCAUCCUGAGAAUCAGGUUCAGUAUUUUUUUAAAAAUGCUUCUAGCUCUUUGAAUGUAUGUGAACAAUACCCUGUGCACACAGGUUAUGGCAUGGAUCCUACGAAGCAUUUUCAUGCAGGAAAAUAAAGGGCUGUGUAGUUUUUCCCCAGCUCAUCCCUACUACUAUAGACAUCUGACUCUCCUCUUGUGUUGUUCCCACAGGUCCCUGUCCCCCAAGAACAGCCUUUCAGGGGAUAUUUUGGGCUACAGCAGAAGGGACAGAGGUAGAAUAAAUCGUGCUCCCAAGAUAGGAAUCCCUUCCAUCUGUCGAAAUGUUUUACAGGAUCUAAGCCAAUAUGUGUACACAGCCGAUGCAUGUAUUAAGGAAUGAGCGCACUGGCCCUGCCGCCCGGCUUGUGAAUGAAUGCACUGAUCCUGCCAUUUGCCUGUGGUACCGUACCUAGAGGUACAUGAGGUAUACAUGCACAGGCUCAAUCUCCAGGACUGGAAAUGUUAGGUAAUCUUGGUUGCCAGGGACCUGGCUUGAUUGUUAAUAGGUGCUGCGACCACAUUUGGGCAAACAUGUGCAAGGGGCAGCAUAUUCACCCAAUACACACUGGUUCUAUACACACAUGACAAUAUGUAUAAAUUCAGAAGUUUGUGCCAAUGUUAAAACAAAUGCAGAUUUUAUUUUCAUUGCAAAAAUGUGAAUUUUGUGGUUAUAGAAUGUGAAAUUCUGAGUAUUCAAACAAGAUUGCAUGGAUUUACAGGAAUUUAAGUAAGGAAUCCAGGUUGUAGAAUUGACUUCUCCGAGAAACUGAGCAGAAUUAGCUCCAAGUCAUGUCAGUUGGGUGCUGGAGAUGCUCUGACAGAGCCAAACUAUUGAAUGUUUGAUGUUACAUGAUUGUUGUAUAUCAUUUCAGGUACCACACAGAUGUCCAUGUGGCAUAAUUUAAAAAGGAGUCUGUCCUUUAAAAACAUUACUCCUAGUGUAUACAUCUACUCUUGAUGUCCCUGCAGAUAAAUCCAGCUAUCAAAGGGAUUUCAUAUAGUAGUCUUUAGAUUUUUAUCAGUUGUGGAGGGCUUUUUUCUUUGCUAUAUGCCAGACUGGGUGAUUGUUACAAUUCAUUUAUUUUCCUAGGUUAACAGACUUCUGAGAAACCCCUAGAUUGACAGACCAAAUUUCAUUUAAUCCAAUCCUUAAGGCAGGAACCUUAGUAUCUCACCCCAUCCAAUCUUUCUUCUGAUAAUGAUUUGAACAAGCCAAAUACUACUUAUUCAGAUUAAAAGGUAUAUUGAUCUUAUUGGCUUAGAUCCCGUGAACAAAUCACGUGGGCUCAGCCAUGCGGUAUGCUUUCUCUUCCACUAAAACUUUCAUUUGGGCAAUAGCCCAUUGAAAGCAAAUGAUCUGGAACAAAUGGAAGGAGGCAAAAGCAUUUUUCACAACAAAGCAUGUAUCGAGCGUGUACCAAGCUCAUUCACAGGAUCCAAGCCUGCCUUUCUGAAAUUAUCACUUCAGCUCUUUUCACUUUUUUACAUUUCCUCGGUCUCUCUCACAACUUCUGCCAUCUUCAGAAUAAUACGCAUGCUGGUGAUGGCAUCCAUUAAUUUCAGAGAUGCUCCGCUAAAGCUUAUCUUUUCAAUUUUAAAAACAUAAUCACUAAUAGGAUUCUUCAGCGACCCACUGUGCCAUCGUAAGCAAAGUUACCUGUUUUCAAUCCACUGCAGUCAGCAUGGGAGCAUGCAGCUUUGCUUAGAAUGAAAGUCAGUCAUGUUCUUUUCACACAAAAAAACAGAUUUUUAAUUUAUAGAUUCCUGUUUCAUGUUAUUUUGGAUAAUUUUGAUAACUGAAGUGACAAAGGAAUAAUUGUUAUAGAACUAUGAAGUUGAAAACAUGUACUAUUGCCGGAUUCUGGCUCUUGAAACAACAAAGUGACUACAAUGCGUGUUACUAGAAAUUAACUAUUCACAGCAAUAGCC